AUGGCGCCUGGAGACGAGGGUUGUCACGAAUUUACACCUUUGACUGAAGCCACUGGAACUGAUACAUCAGGAGAUUCAGUUGUUAACAAAGAAGAUGGAGAAAUGACACCUGAAGACAAUACACCCUUGAUGGCAGAAACAAGUGUUGAUCCGAUUGCAAGUGAGGGACACCAAGAUGAAACCAAGAUGGCCACUGGAGAUAAGGUAUGCCUGAAAAAGCAAGGGAGCAGAGAAGUUGAUAUAACAGAUCAGGAGUUCAUUUGGAAUUACCUAGGACAGUUGAUUACCGAGCCUGCUCUCGAGGUGAAUAAUAUGAGUGGUUUCCGGGAUAUCAAAGACGUCAUCAGUAUCCAAGAUGGCGGCGUGGUGGUCAUUGAUUUAAACGGCUUGCAUCGAUUCACGGUUGAGUAUCAUUAUCGUUUUAUUGAUCUGUAUUCAGCUUUAGGUGACAGUUGUUACAUUUGUGUUGCAGAUUUUACGGAUGGCAAGCUGCUGUUUGGUUUGAAAUGGGGUAAACUUGUAAGUUUCGAUAUUGCAAACAAGCAGAUAAAUAACUUUGGCUCCGUCACCCCAGCAAAAGAUAAGAUAGUGCGAUUGAAUGGUAUAGCGGUGAAUAGUGGGUUCGUGUUUGCAAGUGAUCACAGUGGGAAAACAAUCUCAGUUUUUGAUCACGAGGGUGUGUAUUUGAAACGCUUGGAUGCCACAAGUAUUCAGCCAGGGUCUCUGGCACUUCAUGUCCGUGAAGGGGCGCAAAGUGUCUUCGUCACAUCGGGUCUAGUAGUAAAAAAGUAUCAUAUUUCCGGAGACAAGAAACAAACCAAGAUGAAACAGACUCACCAUUUUGACAUCGACAAAGAAACUCUAGAAUUCAAAAGAUUCAAACCUGGUCAUAUCUCCGUGCAAGAAGACAAGCUUUUGGUGGUAAACCAUCUGAAAGAUCCCGGGUUACUGCAGCUUUUACAACUGAACGUUUACAACGGGGCAUUCAUGCAUAGCAUUAUAGCUAAGGCACCUGGUAUUCGUGGCGUGAAGUUCAUCAGUGGAGACAGGAUAGUUCUCUAUUCUCGUGACUCAGUUCACGUACUUAAAAAGGGUGAUGCAAAACAGUAA